CAGGGAUGACGCGAGGAGGCCUGGUGACGACCUAGGCCUGGCUGUGCUGUCCGGCUUACGACAUGGAGUCGACAAAUAAUGCCCCAGCGACACAUAAAUAGCCAAGUACCUACCCUGUGGCAACUACCAGACGCGCACUCCUCGACGUCAAAGAUGGAGGCCCACGACCAGGCGGUCGCGGCCAUCGCCUCACGCGUGCGCCGGUUCUCGGAGCGCCAGCAGCCGUUCCGCAUCUACCACGGCUCCACCAACAGCACGCGGCACUCCGACAAGAGACCUGACAACACGGUCGACACCAGCCAGCUGGACCGCGUGCUGUCCGUCGACGCCGGCGGCUCCGGCACCGCCGUGGCCGAACCAAAUGUCCCCAUGGACGCCCUGGUGGCCGCCACCCUUCCCCGCGGCCUCGUUCCGCCCGUGGUCAUGGAGUUCCCCGGCAUCACCGUCGGCGGCGGCUUCUCGGGAACAUCGGGCGAAAGCAGCUCCUUCCGCUACGGCGCCUUUGACGCCACCGUCGUGCGCAUCGAGAUGGUCCUGCCGACGGGGGAGGUGGCGCAUGCGUCGCGCACCCAACGGCCGGACCUGUUCUGGGGCGCGGCCUCUGCGUUCGGGACGCUCGGCGUCGUCACCCUGCUGGAGGUCCGCCUCAUCGCGGCGAAGCCCUUUGUGGAGCUCGAGUACCGCCUGUCCCGCAGCAUCGCAGAGGCCGUUGAGCAGAUGCGGGUGGAAACAGCCCGGGACGACAACGACUUUGUGGACGGCAUAGCGUACUCUUCGGACGCGGUCGUCAUCUGCGCGGGCCGCAUGGUCGACACCGUCCCCGACGGCGCGUCGCAGCGCCGCUUCACCCGGGCCAGGGACCCGUGGUUCUACAUACACGUGGAGAAGCACGCCUUGCCGCGCCUCAAGAAAGCCGCACCCGACGGCGGCGGCGGCGGCGGUGUAACAGUAAAAGACUACAUCCCGCUGACGGACUACCUCUUCCGCUACGACCGCGGCGGCUUCUGGGCCGCGCGCUGGGCGUUCCGCUACUUCUGCACGCCCUUCAACCGGAUCACGCGGUUUGCGCUGAACCCGCUGAUGAGCACGCGCGUCAUGUACCGCGCGCUGCACAAGUCGGGCCUGGCCGACUCGUACAUGACGCAGGACGUCGGCGUGCCCAUGGACGCGGCGCCCGCCCUGGCCGCCUGGCUGGCCGCCGAGAUGCCGGCCGUCCUCCCGCUCUGGCUGUGCCCGCUGCGGGUGCGGCGCGAGGGCGGCGCGGACGCGGCGCACGGCCUGCACGCCCGGUUCGCGGACCCGACGCAUCCCGACCUGCUCAACUUUGGCGUCUGGGGCGAGCUGCCGUCGACGGUACGCGGCCGGCGCGACGCGGUGCGGGUCAACCGCGCGCUCGAGGCCGAGGUGGCGCGGCUGGGCGGCACCAAGUGGCUGUACGCGCAGGCCUUCUACACCGAGGACGAGUUCUGGGCGCGCUACGACCGGGCGAGCUACGACGCGCUGCGGGCGCGGUGCGGCGCCGUGUACCUGCCGAGCGUCUACGACAAGGUCAGGGUCGACGUCGAGGCCGAGGAGGCGGCGGCGGCGGCGGCCCGGGCGACGGGGCUCGCGCGCCUGAGGCGGACGCUGUUCCGGGUGUGGCCCGUCCGCGGCCUGUACGGUGUGUACAAGGCGCUGGAGGGGGGCGACUACCUGCUGCAGAAGACGCGGCGGCCCUUGGAGGUUUCUGGGAAGUGACUCGUGUGUGUGUGUUGUUUUUUUUUUUUCAUUUGUUGUUGUUAUCUGGUGAUGAUUUAUGCCAAAUACGGGAAGAGAAGCCUCGGUAUGGCAGCAUUUUGAGCCAGCGCUUUUUUUUUUUAAGAUGCCUAGCUGUGUAGGUAAACGUGCAGACUAAUUCCAAGGGGACCUCCAAGGGGGCCUCCGAGGGUACCAUUCAGCCUGCCCACUGGCAUAUUCUUGCCCUGUCUAAACUAGGCUCGCGAGGUGCGCUU